AUGAGCUUACAAUGUCCGUACCGGCACGUAUCAUACGCGACAUGGCGUUUGCGUGUCCUUCAGACACUGUGCCAGUCCUCCGAAUCCCAACCCCAAAGAAACCCGGCUACCCAUGUUGGAAAAAAGGCGACGGGACAAAAACAGACUUACAGUAUUUCCAAUCAUUCUAAUGGCAAGAAUAAAAACAAAGAGUCGAACUCGGAAGUAGCUGAGGCCCCAAAAUCUUCGGCAAUAUCAGCAGAAGCUUCAGAAGACAACUCAGUUUCGCAGCGCGUGGAAUCUUUCAAUCCGUACAGACCUGCGGGACGACAGAAAAUCAAAGAUUUGAUUGAAGAUCUGAAGAAUGUCAGCCCGAAGGUGGAGAAAGAGUCCAAAGAUAGCACGCUGGAUUCUCUUGAAGACAGGAUACCCAUACCGAAGUCACCCAUCUUCAAUCUGGUCGAGAAUGCAGCUAAGAGACGGGGAAUCCAGAAAGAGCAACCGACAGACCAAGAAUUGGGACAAUUGGCGAACAAUCCAUGGGCCGUGAUGCUUUCAAGUCCCCUGAGAAGUUGUCAGGGAAGCGGUGCCAGGCUACCUAUGGACCUAAUGAUUAACUUUGACCUUGUGACAAACCCUAAUGACGGAAAGGAAUAUCUCAUGCCAGCAGAACUCGCAAACUUGGAUGUAUUGGAGAAGGAAAUGGCCAUGCCGUUAGAUAAAGAAGAUCGGAAACGAUUGAAAAGAGCUGCUGGAAAAGGGGGAGCUGUGGAGGAAACAGUCGACCCUACUCUGUCAGCUCCCGAGUUGGAGACGGAUCUAGAUGAGUCGCCUGGAUCAACAGAGCAGUCGAGCUCUCAACCCUCUCAAAAACGCUACUAUCCAACGAGUCGCCUCUUUCCUGAUAUCAACUUUAUGCGUUUCCUGACCAUUAAUAUGACCAAAGGGCAGAAGAAAAAUCCCCAGGUCCGAAACGUAGCGAUGCACGCGGUCGCUUCAUUGGUGCCACCACGGCGAAAGGAGGCCGGUUCUAUCGCGCAGCACUACCUGCGUAACAAAAUCGAAGUCGACCUGGCCACUGGAGCUAUCGAUAAUCCACCGGCACAGGAAGAUCAGUUGCAAUACAAAAACCUCCAGUGGAAGCUAGAUAUCCAUGACCGCCUGGUGCAGAUUCUUCGGAAGCGUGUGCUGGUUGCUCUUACAGCUUUAGUGGAGUCUGCUCAGACGCGUCCCGUGAGCAGAGGGCCCAUCAGGUUGGCUACGUUCCCGAUCCCGGAGGGCGCGGAGUUCAAAGACGAUGACUUCAACCAACUGGUCCCAAUGAGGGCCAGGCCUGUCGCAGCAGCCGCUGAAGAAGAAAGCGGACACGAAGAGACAGAGAACGGCACGACCAACUCCAGCACUUCCACUUCGCACCUGGCAGAAGGCUCUGAAGCAAAGGCUCUGCUAGGCCAUCCGCAUUGUGUCCCGGGAAGUAUAUUCCUACAUAUUGGAGAAACGGACACUUCUGUUCUUCUCCCACCGUCACCUUUAAACGCAGACUCCGACCGGGCUUCGGCUCUCCCACCUCUUCCCGACAACCCUCUCGUUCCUCCCAUGAUAACGAUAGCCGACACAUACCGUAUGCCCGUAUUCCCGCUCCGUGCGAUGCUAUCUAACGACACUGGACUAGACCUUGAUACCCUCAACUCGCUUCUUUCACGGUACGCGGUCCUCGGGAAUCCAGAUCACAAUCGGACCGACCACUUGCUCCUUGUUCGUCCGGGACCCGGCCCCGCAAAGGCUGUCAUCAACGAGGUCUGGCGCCUGUGGCGAUAUCUGGGUGGUGAAAGGAUGGGUGAGUCGCUCGGCGAGGCGUGGAAUCCAGAGGAGUCUGAGCAGGAUUCUACUAAGAUCUUUGGGAAGGACGAAGAGAUGGGGAAGCCGAAGGAGGAGGUGAAUAUUGAUUGA